AUGAACAAGAAACUUCAAUACCCUUGCCUCGCAAAGCGAUAUUUCUCAACUCCAAAUAGUAACAAUGAUAAACCGGCAACAACAACAACUCCAUCGGCCACAACAACUACAGGUUUGAGCGCUGUUCUUGUUGUUGCUGCUACUAAUAAUUCCGUUGCUGGAUCAGAUGCUGGAAAUUCUUCUGAGGAAUCAUCUGAAGAAACAGCAACUACCACUGCUGCUGGAUCAUCAACUGCUUCUGUUCCGCUCAAUGCUGCCUUUGCUGUCCCCACUACUCAAACCACCAUCAUGAUGGACGGAAAUUCUGAUCAUCAAAGCGAUUACUCUUCAUCAUCGGAUGAUGGUGUUGCUCACUCUGUAAACGCUUCUCGUGAAUCAAGUCCAGCAUGGAGAGUAGUACCCGUUCAACCAACCUCCUCCCAUCCUCUUCCUUUGGUUCAUCGUGUUGAUAUCCAAUGGAAGACUAGAUUAGAUCCAUUUGCUACCUACUUGGACACUUCUCUUUACAGCCCAAUUAUUUAUCAAUUUGAGCAUGAAUUGGAACUUGAAAAUCAUCAACAUGCUAUCAUUGUUGUUAGACCAUCUGUUGUUUAUGAUGACAAUCAAGAAAUUCAAGUAUUGAAUAAGAAUAAUCAAGUCAUCUUGAAGGGUGAUUUAGAAAUUGCAAUGACUGCUCAAAAGAGAAAUGCUGAAACUACCGUUUUCAAGGGGCACUCCAAGAUUCAAUUCACUGAUUCAUCAUACCAUCAUGAUAGAAAGGCUUUUAGAUUGGUUUGGAAGUAUUACACUGUUCAAGAUACUGAAAGAUUAAUUUAUUCAACUAUUUCUACACCAUUCAGAGUCUUUGCAAGAAAACCAACCAAGAAGGAAAAGACUGAGACAUCUUCACCAAACUCUUCUGCUGCCACUUCUCCAACUCAACACAAUAGAAAGAAGAGAAAGGAGAUGGAACCAUCUGCUGUUGCUGUCCAAGCUCCAACUCCAGUUCCAACUUUGGUUGAGUCAUCUUUGGAAUCAUCUACCAAGAAGGUUAAACGUGAUGCCAUUCAAGUAGUUGAUGAUGAUGAAAUCAGUGCUUUGAAUAUUCGUGCUGUCCCUACUAUUGUAAAUAGUGUUGCUACUGCUGUUGUUUCUCAUCUCAUUUCUCAAAAAGAGAAUCCAAAUCAAGAUCUCGUAUUGGAACUCUUCAAGACCCUUAAGGAUAUCAACAAUAGAUUGGAGAGACUUGAGAAGUUGUCAAAUCCUCAAAACCCUACCCCCUCUUCUAACCAUGCUGACAUGAUGGAAACAUCAUCAACUGCUUCUGUUGCCAACCACCAUCAUGUGCAUCGUUCAAAUUUGCAACAUGUUUAA